CUUCUUUUUACAUCACUACUAGCAAUUGAUUGCUUGUUUUUUGGACGCACUCGGGCCCCAAAAAUUUCCUUUUUCGGCGUUGAACGAUGGAAGCCCUGGUGAACUACAGUAGCGAGGACGACCAGGACGAUGCGGGCUACCAGAUACGGGCACCACAGCAACAACAACUGCAGCAGCCGCCGCACGCUAGAGCGCCAACAACAAACACUAGCAACCUCCUGAGGCAGAAGAGCACCAACAACAACAAUGACUACAGCUACAACAGCAGUCCCUGGGAGAAGGAGAGGGACAGGGAGUCGGAGCGCGAUAGGGAGCGGGAGCGGGAUAGGGAGAGAGCGAAGCGACGCCACCACACUCCCACUCCCCCGCUGCCGACGUCGCAGCAGCAGCAUCACAGGAGCAACAGCAGAGGCCGCGUUGAUGAGGAUGAGGAGCCCCGGGGCAGCAGUCGCCACCGCCAGGAGCGGGACAAGGACAGAGAGCGCGAGCGGGAUCGUGAACGCGAGCGGGACAGGAAUAAGGACAAGGACCGCGAGCGGGAGAAGCGCGAUUCGGAACGCAGUCGCGACAAGGGGCGCGACAAGGAUCACAGCAAGGGCGAUCAUCGCCACCAUCGUACCAAAGACGGCAACAGCCACAGGGAGCGGGAGAGGGAACGCGACCGGGAGCGGGAAAGGGAGCGAGAUCGCGACAAGGACCGCGAGCGCAGGCGUUCGGAGAAGAGCGGUCGCCACCACAGCGGCAAGGAGCGCCACCACCAUCACAACAACUCCUCAUCCUCCUCGUCAGCCGCCGCCGGCGGAGCGGCCAGUGCAGCUGGGCGUCGCUCCUACGAUGACCGCAGUCGUCGUCACCGAGACUCCCGCUCCCGUUCCCGCACGCCCACGGGCACACCGCCCACACGUCGCCGCCAACAGACGCAGCAGUCCCGCAAAUACCGCGAACGUGAGUCGAGCAGUCGCUCCAGAUCUCCCAAGGAAGAGCCAUCCGUGGCGCCUCGCACUGCAGCCGGGGCCGGAGCUCAUCUGCUGCUAGGAAAACCAGUCAGCGCAGGAGUAGGACCCUCGUCGGCGGCCACAGCCAUAGCAGCAGCAUCUGCAGCCAUUGCGGCCGCAGCCGCUAGUGGAGGAGGCGGUGGCCUCCUGCCGACCCCCAACUACGCACCUAAGAUACCCUCGCUGAUGUCCUUGGAGCUGAGCACGCCAGCGGUAGCGACUCCUGCCGUAGAACCCCCCAUCCAGCUGCCCAGCUACUACAACCCGGGCAUCAUCAAUGCCAACCGCUAUGCGGAGCAGCAGCAGAAGCGCAAGCUGCUGUGGGGCUCAAAGAAGGCCGAGGACUCGGCGAACAAGUGGGGCAACGCCCACUUCUCGCAGGACUCGGACGGCAAGGUGGCCUCCAAGUUUAUGCGGCUGAUGGGCAUCAAGAACGCCGGAUCGUCCGGCGAUGGCGAGGCCAGUGGUGGUGGCGCCGAGCAGGCGGAGGCCAGCAACGGCAGUGCAGCCGGCGAUGGGGUUGGCGGCGGAGGAGCUGCAGCACGGAGCGAGGGAGGCGGGAAGGUGCCCACUGAUGUGCAGCAGCGCCAGCGCAUGUUCUCCAACAUGGAGCAGCAGUACGAGAUGGCGCGAGCCGCCACGCACACGAUGCGCGGCGUGGGCCUCGGUUUCGGCUCCCAGCCGCGCACUUUCUAGAGGCGAUCGGCGAGGAACGGGCUCCCAACCAGGCUGUAAAUACCAUGCCACCCACUCAACUCAUUAGUCAUGUCAAGAUGUUUCUCCUCAACCACUUUUUGUUUGUGUUGAGCAAAUGUUUUUUUGAUUUCAAAUAAACGUUGCAACCAUA